AUGUGCCUUUUCUCUUUGCAUCUGCAGUGUGUUCUCUACCUGUGGUCCUUGAAGAUCACCCACCCGACCACCCUCUUCCUCCUCAGAGGCAACCACGAGUGUCGGCAUCUCACAGAAUACUUCACCUUUAAACAAGAAUGCAAGAUUAAGUACUCAGAGUGUGUGUAUGAUGCUUGCAUGGAGGCCUUUGACUGCCUUCCUCUGGCCGCUCUGCUCAACCAGCAGUUCCUGUGUGUUCACGGAGGCCUUUCCCCUGAGAUCACCUGCCUCGAUGACAUUCGUAAAUUAGACAGGUUUAAAGAGCCGCCAGCAUUCGGGCCGAUGUGUGACCUGUUGUGGUCUGACCCCGGUGAGGACUACGGCAGCGAAAAAAACUCUGACCACUUUUGUCACAACAGUGUGCGAGGAUGUUCCUAUUUCUACAGUUUCCCAGCAGUAUGUGACUUUCUGAUGAAUAAUAACUUGUUGUCGGUUAUAAGAGCACAUGAAGCCCAGGAUGCAGGGUAUCGAAUGUACAGAAAAACUCAGACAACAGGCUUCCCCUCUUUAAUCACAAUCUUCUCUGCACCAAACUACUUGGAUGUGUAUAACAAUAAAGCUGCUGUGUUGAAAUACGAGAACAACGUUAUGAACAUCCGGCAGUUUAACUGCUCUCCUCACCCGUACUGGCUGCCCAACUUCAUGGAUGUGUUCACGUGGUCACUGCCCUUCGUCGGUGAAAAAGUAACAGAGAUGCUGGUCAAUGUGUUAAACAUCUGCUCAGAUGAUGAACUCAUGUCAGAGGGAGAUGACACCUGUGAAGGUGGUGCCCCGGCAGUCCGCAAGGAGGUAAUCCGAAAUAAGAUUCGUGCCAUUGGCAAGAUGGCCAGAGUUUUCUCUGUUCUUAGAGAGGAGAAUGAGAGCGUGUUGCAGUUAAAGGGCUUGACCCCAACUGGAACGUUGCCUCUGGGUGUGCUGUCAGGAGGCAGACAGACCCUACAGAGCGCCACCAUAGAAGCAGAGGAAGCUCAAGCCAUCCAAGGCUUCAACCCUCAACACAAGAUCCAGAGUUUCGAAGAAGCACGCGGUCUGGACCGAAUAAACGAGAGAAUGCCUCCACGCAAGGACAGCGUGCAGCCGGACGGCACUGCCAACUCCAUCAACGCAGCCAACUCCCCCGACAAGAAUGGCACCAACAACCAGGCGUAGAAACCUACAGCAGCUGCCUACCACUCUCUCUCUCCCUCAUCCAUUUCUUUCUCUUUUGUCUCUUUCUUUUCCUUCUUAUUCUUGCUUUUUCUGGUAGAGGUGAUGCCCCCUACAUGCAAAACUCUCCUGUACAAGAUCAGGGGAGAAUCGCACAAUACCAUGAAGAGGGCGUAGUGAAAAACAAACCAUGGUUGUUAUUUAUUUAUUGAUAUAGAUGAAAAGAAAUGUAAGUUCUGUAACAGUGGGAAAAUCAAGAUGAAUGAAUAUUACAUGUGUAUAUUAAAUACAGAAUAUAUAUAUAGAAAUAGCAUUGGGGUGGUUUAAGAGCAUCUUAGAUUCAGUAGUUUAAAAAAGGAAACAAAAUCCAUUUUGUAAAUUUGCGUUAUUAAAUUAGAUUUAUUUCUGACUUUUUUUUUUUUUUUAAACCAAUACUUGCUCAACAGAAUUUCUUUAAUGUUGUUUAUUGUGUGCUUGGCAUGGGAAUUUUGGGCCCAACAUAAUUAUAUAGAGUGCUUAUUUGUGAAUACCCAAAGCAAGUAUGAUAAUAUCGUUAAAGCUAAAAACAAAAAAAAAAAAAAAAAGAAA